CUAUAUUCUACGUGCGUUUCCUGUACUCUUUGGUCUCUUGUGUCUUGUUGUGAAAACGAAAAAAGUGUUAUUAUCAAGUGAUAGCUAUUCUUUUAAGAAAACACAUAUUUCUUCUUUUUGUGUAAUUCUUAAGUUUCCAUAAUCCACAUAUUUUGUGAAAUAUUGUUAAAUAAAGGGUUUUUACAAUGUCAGAUAUGGAUUUUUACGUCUAGCAUUGGAAAGUGUUUGUGUCGAAUUUGGAACAGUGACGCGCCAUUGUGUACACAUAACGCUGUGAAAGAUUUCUAUAAAUACUCAUAUUAACGACCUUAGUUGUUCAAAACCCCAAUUAAUACUUAUAUUUGUAAUGUACCCGCAUCCCAUCAGCGCGGAAGAAGACAAGAAGUCGAAUUUAAUACCGAGUGUAAAUCUUCUUCACUCUAAAAGAAAAGGAAUAUUUAUACACCCCUCUGCUAUGUACAGAAGUAGUGCAUCGUGCACAAAUAUAAGUCUACCAUUUACAACGAGAAAUCUGUUUGGGUAAACAGUUUUUCAGAAAGAAAAAAGAUGAAACUUUUACAAAGUGGUCGCUUGGAAGCACUAAGCAGUGCACUGUCCAUACUAAAUGGAGAUAGUGCUGUGCAAGGCCGAGUAGAAAGCUACAGCUGUAAGAUGGCUGGUGGUGAGAAAGCUUUCUAUAAAAGGUUCACAGCAGCUGGUGAGACGACUCACAACCUCCAGGCUCUAUCUCCACCUGAAAGUUUUUCUUAUAGUCGGAGCCUUUCGGGUGAUGAGGAGGGUAUUCUAUGUGAUACAAUAUCACGGAAAACAUUAUUUUACCUCAUUGCUACCUUGAAUGCUGCUUUCCCUGAUUAUGACUUUUCAAUGGCCAAGAGCAGUGAAUUUAGUGCAGAACCUUCACUUACGUGGGUUCAAAGUGCUGUUGAUGCUGCAUUGUCUGCUGUUGGUGGAGUUCGCUGGAGACAGCUUAAGCCAGCCCUUUGGGCAGCAAUUGAUGAAGAGGUGCAGUUGGCCGACUGUAGAAUAUAUAGCUACAACCCUGACCUUGCCAGUGACCCAUUUGGAGAACCUGGAUGCCUAUGGACCUUUAACUUUUUCUUUUACAACAUGAAACUGAAACGAAUGGUUUUCUUCACCUGCAGGGCCAUGAGUCCUGUGUGUGCUGAUUCUGGUGUUGAUUUUGCAAUGGACGAAGAUGAAGAAUAUGACUAAAGUGCUUAGCAAUUUCUUUUUAAACUUUACCAUAACAUUUCAUAUUAUAAGCUAAUACACUAACAGCUAUAUAUAUUAAGAAUGAAGUAGGAAGUUGUUUAGUUCUAAUUAUGUAAGUAGGUACCAUCAAAUAUUUUUCAUAAAUUUUUGGCCUAAAAAUUAAAGAUCUCAUCGUGCACAAAUUCCUAUUUUGGAAAUAUCAUUUAAGUCAUAAAUAUUACCUGGAUUAAAUUCUGUACCUGUCAUUUCAUCUUUUCAAUAGAUGAAUAGUCUUAAAUAUUUAAAAUUAUAAGAGCAGGGUUGGACGCAAGAGUUCGAUAAGUAUAUUUAAAUAGUAAAUUUAUUUUAUUAACACAAAUUUACAUAAUUUUUAAAACUUUUUCUGAUCACGGUGCACAUUUAAUAAAAUUGUAUGCAUAAAUACUAAUUUAGAGAUGAAAUUCUAUAUAAUUAAAAAAUUAGAAAUUAAAUUGUUCUUAAGUAGAAGAAUAUUGUCUACAAGGUUUUUGAAUGUCUAGAUCCGCCUAUUGUUUUGAGGCGUUUUAAAGUAGAUGUAUUUAGAAUAAAUAUUUGUCAGCUG